UGCGGCAACAAUAAUAAUAUGUUAUGACGCGAGUGUCAAACAGCGGCUAAAUAAUACCGCGACCGAGAAAAUUAGGCAUAGACCUAAUGUUCUUUGCAUAAAUCAUACGAGUUUGUGUGAUAUUUUCAGGCAAGAAUGGCUAAACAAAACUUAUUGUUAGAUUAUCUAACUGCCCAACGUGGUUAAAUUACAUCUGGCUACAAUGAUAAUAUUAUAACUCAAGCAUCGAACAAAGACUUUAUAAUACCGUGAUUAAAACAAUAUUAAGCACAAAUUUUGUAUAUCCUUCGCAUAGGUAAUGCGAAUUUGUGUGAGUGUAUAGCCAUAUUUAUAUUUUUAGACAAUGGCACAGCAACACUCAGACGAUUUCGAUGGGAUUGAUAAAACUGAGAAAAUAUUGACACAGGCGCGUUUCCAGUUCUCACUUAAAUGUCUGGAGAUAGUUAUGGAUCUGAACGAGAAUAAAAUUUUGUCUUUAGUCCAUACAGCAUAUAUGAAGGACUUUUAUUGGUUUACUUGGCAUCCAGUGAUGACACCGAAGCACAUUUAAAAAGUAAACUCGAAUUGCCUGACCAUAUUCUCCAAAAAGAGAUUACAGAUUGCAUAUUACACAGCAUAACGGAGAAAAAAAAGAAGGAUAAGAAAUUGUGCAAUUAUAAUGACAAAAAUAGUUGUUGGAUUACACAUACUAAACGUGUAAAUAAUAUGGCGCAAUGUUUAUUCCAUGAAGAAUUAAAAGUAGUAAAUUUUCACCAGGACUCUAUCAAUUUAAAAAAUCAGAUUAAUAAAUUUCUGAAAAAAAGACAAGAGAUUACGUCUGUACUCCCGUGGAAUUAAAUAAUAUCGACAAAAAUAUGGAAAUUAUUCUGUCAAAUGUAUUUUGUUUAAAAGGCGACACAGUUACAUAUGUUCCUGCAGACGCAUACAAACCGCAAUCAUGGAAAAAACCUAGAACCACCAUAUCAUCGAAACUAAAGAUGUUCAUAUCAGAGUUACCAUUCGCAGACAAGAACUUGUCGCUUAUCCUGCUUUUUCCGGCUAAAAAAUUUCCUAAAUGGAAAAUUGGUGGAACCAUAUUGGAAUUGGUCGAAAGAUUGACGGCCAGAGAAGGAAUCGAUGAGCUUCGCAGAGUAUUAUUAGAUAAUCAAGAGUCGUCAACAAAAAUAUUAAGAGAAGAGAUGUUAUUGUAUCCAGAUUUUUUUAGACUGGAGAACGAACUGGAUAUUAAUGAUUUAUUGAACGAAUUAGGCAUUAAAAGUUUUUUGGAACCCGACAAGAGCACUCUAUCUAAGUUUACUGAUGAAAAUCUGCACCUCGGCGGCGCUAAACAUCGGGCUUAUAUCAAGGUGACACAAAAAACCGUCACUGCCGGCGCAGUCAACAUAUUCUUCACAAAAGAAGAAGGUUCCUUUAAGCCGACUGCAGGCAUUAAUGAUUUUAUAUACAGAGGAAAGAAGUUUCUUUGGUUACUCUAUUGUAGAGAAAGCCACACUAUCCUUUUCAUUGGAUCUGUUAAUGAAGAAGUACCGUUGUCUUCACCCACAGGUUGUUUCGAAAGAAUUCGACGAAUGUUCCGUUAAUUGGACUGCACAGUAUACAUAUAUAUAUAUAUAAU